UCUAGUUAAACUGCUGGCUGCGCUUUGUCCUUUAUUUUUCUGUACUGUUUUACGUGUUUAGAGUGUAGUAGUAAGCUUUCUGACGACGAUUGAAGUAGAUAUGUCUACUGAUAGCGCCGCAAGUGUCACUAAGUUGGUCAUAGUGUUGAAGGAAGUUGCUCCUCAUGUUAGCUUGUUUCAGCAAGGAGGUUUGGCCAAAAAGAUAGCAGAAAUACUAAAACGACCAACAGAAGGAGAACCGCUUUCGGAGUCGGACUCCACCUUUCAGUUUCUGCUUAGAAAGUGUUGCGACUGGCUGAAACAACAACCCAACAGCUACCUAGGCGAACUAGGCAACAGGAAAAAUCAAGACAUGCUGCUACGCAACUUAAGAGACUUUCUUCCGCGUUGUUUGCAAGAAGACAGUGGUUCAUCACAACCUCAGACACAAACGGUCUCUGCCAGUGUGGGUUCGUCAAAUGACUCCAAUCUUUCAGCUGCAACGGUUUUGCAUUUUGAAGAAAAAGGCAAGACAUCUAGCAAGUUACAAGGACGUGUUGUUCGCGUUAUGGAAGAUCAAAUUGUGAUAAAACCAAUAGUUGAGGAAGUGAAAAUUAAGGGUUGUGUAGAAGAGGUGUUUAUCUCUAAACAAAAUGUCAAUGUUGGAGAAUUCAAAAUCAAUCCUAGCGUAGGUGAUGUCAUUAGUUUCAAGAUAUCACAAAGAAAUCGGAGGCAAGGCUAUGCUGCAGACUUGUGCAGAAUCAAAAACAUGGAACCAAGUCUUGUAGUAGCAUUUGUCCACAAGUUGGAAGAAAUGGCAAGGAAACGUUCAAGGGAAGCAUUAAUGUUUGUAUCAAGUUGCAAAGCUGUGUGGACAUACAUAUGUGAUAUGCCUUCGCUUGAUCAACAAGUUGUUCGAGACAUUCUCAAAUUUGUGAGUCACGUUACUACUAGACACACAGUGUCCUGUGCAGAAGCUCGACUGGUUCGCUUCAUGAAAACACUAGCGAACAGUCGUUUUUCUGCUAUUAUUAUUCAGAGGCAUGUCAAGUGUCAUGUGAAACUUCCGUUCGAUGAUGAAGCAAUUCUUAUUCAGAAUUUCAUACUGGCAGUAAUACGUUACGUGCCUGAGAGGUCAUCUCGCCUCUUACCAUUGCUGGACAGACUAGCUGGCUUGGUUUUUGACAAGCAGUUGUUUGCACAUCUAGACAGCUCUGGCAAGCCUGCAGAAUUUGGCAAAUUUAUGUUAAACGCUUUUCGUCAUUUGACUAAGGCUAUACCAGGAGUUACAGACGAUGUGCAUAGUCUCAGUUGGGAUCAGCUUUCUCUUGUUCCCACUUCUGGAGAGUUAACUGAUGUCAAUUGUGAAGAUUUUGGUUUGCUUCCAUCUGUUCUGACAGACAAGCAGUAUGAUUCAGAGGAUGAUUAUGUGGAGACCUACUUCAGACUUUUGCGUGCAGAUUGUUUUCAGGGUUUAACAGCUGGCAUUCAAAUGUUUUUAAAUGGACGAUUUGAUCACAGAGAUAUGGCAGUCUAUAGUAUCAAUUUGGAUGGAGUCCAGAUGACCAACAGUGGCAUUGCCCUUUCUAUCUAUUUCAAGCCAUUGGGUCGCAAGGCUAUAAACUGGAAGUAUUCCAAUUUGCUGAUGUUUGGGAACCUGGUGUGCUUGACUGCCAAUGGAACAUUUAAGGAACCCAUAUGGGCCAUGGUUCUUCACAGAUCUCCUGAACUUCUUGAAAAGGGAAUUGUUUUUCUGUCACUAAAUAGUGACCACAAUCGUCUUUCAGAAGCUGAGAUUAUUAUGCUUUUGCAGAACUCUCAAUUUGCAAUCAUGGCAGAGAGUCCAACGUACUAUCGAGCAUAUGGUCCUGUGCUUCGUUGUCUUCAAGACAAGAGAAACGGUGUGCCAUUUCAAGAUGAGUUGGUUCAGUUGUUGUCUGGUGGUUCUCCUCAGUAUCUGGAAAAUGCUUCAGUUGAUUGGUCACUCAUAUUUAACAAGAAAAGUGUUCGCACACAAUGCCAAGAUCUAAUGACUUUGCAAAAUGAAAGAGAAUUAUCUCAGCUUUGGGAUACAGAUUGUGUCUUGCCUGUUGAGUACUUUGAUGAACUUGUUGACAGAAAUGUGUCAACUACAUUGGAUGAAACACAACUGUCUGCAAUUAGAACAUUUUUAGACAAUCGUGUGACAAUUAUACAGGGACCUCCUGGUACUGGAAAAUCUUACAUUGGUGCAAAAAUUGCUAAUCUUGUUCUUUCAAUGCCACAGCGUCCACAAGGACCAAUCUUGGUCUUAACGUACAAGAAUCAUGCACUUGAUCAAUUUUUACAAGACUGCUUGCAAUUUACAUCUGAUGUGGUUCGAGUGGGAGGACGGAGUACAAAUGAGGUGCUUCAGGAAAAGAACAUCCAUGAACUGAGAAAAGUUGUUGGCAUUCCGGGAGACUUGUCCAGCAGACUAAAGGAAACCAGACGGGAGCUAGCUGAAUUAAAGGAGCAGUUUCCUUCAUUAUUAUGCAAAUUAAAAGACUUCAGAGAGUUUGACGUUUGCAAGUUUGUUAAGGUUGCUUCCAUUUAUCAUAUUUCAGAGUUGUGUGAUAAAUGCCCUCAGAAAGUGGCAGCUUUAGUAGAAAGCAAAUACAUGGAAAAGACUCAAAACCUUAUUAAACAGUCGAAAAGCGAUGUGGUUCUCAGAGACUUGUUGAUGAAACAUCCAGAAUCAAGAGCUGCUUUAUCAACUCUUCUUCACUCAUGGGCACCUUCAGAAGACUAUUUUUUGACAUCCUUCAAAGAAGAGUGCAAGUGGCAAAGUUUACUGGAUGUUGCUGAGAGCACAAACUCAGAUGACCAAUAUGAUGAUGAAGAAGAUGUGGAGAACAUGUAUGAAGAUCGAUUGCUAAGUCAAGAUGUUAGUGCUCGUCUGACUGCUGGUAAAUGGCGAGAUCCUCAACAAGGAUUUGUGAGUAUGCGAUACACCAAAGCUACAGGCAUUGCUUUCAAACGAACAGUUCCCUAUAUCUCAGACCUCAAGGAUGUAAUGAAUAGAACUACAGGCUCCAUGUGGGAUCUGACAACACAGCAAAGGGCUCAGCUGAUUUUCUAUUGGAUGUCAUGCUUGGAAGAAACAAAUGCAAAUGAUGAAAUAGUGGAAAUUGUGGAGGACAUAGAACAGUUAAGCAGUGAAUUAAAUGAACUUGAAGCAGAAGUGAGUGCCAGAGUGCUACAGAAUGCCUCUAUUGUUGGCAUGACCACAACAGGGGCAGCAAUCCAUGCUGCUCUAAUUAAUAUGGUCAGUCCAGAAAUAAUUAUUGUAGAAGAAGCUGCAGAGAUUUUGGAAGCUCAGUUGCUGGCCGUACUGCCAGCAAGCGUUCAACACUUGAUCAUGAUUGGGGAUCAUCAGCAGUUACGACCUCAAGUCCAAUGCUACACACUUCGACGAAACCAUGGAAUGGAUAUCUCCAUGUUUGAGCGGUUGAUCAAACACUUACCAUCUAGUCAGCUGGGCUAUCAAUGUCGAAUGAGGAAGGAAUUUGUUGAACUUAUUAGACCGUUGUAUCCCAACCUGAAGACUCAUCAUGAGCUUGUUAAAUGGAACGAUGCUCCAAGUUGCAUUGCAUCCAGCAUGUUUUUUUGGACUCAUACACAUUGUGAACAGCAGAGCAAACACUCUAGAAGUUGGCAGAAUUUAAGAGAAGCUGAAAAGGUUAUGCAGAUACUGCAGUGGUUGCUGAAAUACAAUUUUGAGCCAAAGAAGAUCACAAUACUUUGCUCACAGCAAUCGUCUUCAAAUUGUUGGAUGGCAGUUUCACAGUUUCUUCCUGAUGUGGGACGGAAAUCAGCAAUUGUUUCUAGUAUUCAUGAAAUACAAAACUCUGAACUUCUAAAAAAUUGGCUCAAGGCCAAGCUGCAGAUACCAGAUUAUGGGCAAGAAACUUACAAAUUUAAAUUUGUGAACGACCAACAAGAGUUAAAUGACAUUGCCAGAACUGGACUGGCAGCAUAUGAAAGGAAGGACUGGAGGUUUACAAAGCAGCAUGUAAUGAAGGUGUCUGAAUUAGAUAGAACGUUUGCUCUCAUCAGGUUCGCUGUUUUACAACCAACCACAAGAUGUGUUAAGAGGACUCGUGAUAUUCUGCAACAAAGUGAACAAUUGCCAGAAUCAAAUGACAGGGAAAUCAAACUGUCUUCUGCUGAUCAUGCACACCCAGACUAUAUUGUUCACUGUAAGGUGAAAGAAAAAGUGUAUUCUAAUAAAGGGGAACUUGGCAUGACACUACAGAAAGACUAUUUUGAUCGAAGAGUGCUGUCACGACCAUCUGCGGUAUCUGAUGGAACUGACCGAUUGGAUGACUUGCGAUUUCGAGAAGCAGAAGCUGAAUUUCUUCGAAUGCUCCCUGUAGGGAUGAAAGUCGAUAUAGUGGAAGUCGACUACAUUGAUAAUGGAAAUUUGAAUAUUCGUUACACAGAGAAAAAACGGACAUUAUCUUGCAAUGGAGCAUGUAAAGAGAGUUUUGUUUUCCACAAAACAAAUGAGGCUUCAAUUUCCGAGAUAGUAAAAGAGGGCUUCAAAAUCGGAGGGCAAGGAAUUGAGAUAAAGAAUGGUGCUGUUUAUGGUCAAGGAAUUUACACUGUUGAAGAUCCUUCUGUGGCUAUGACAUACUCACAAAAAAGUGGUGCCAAUAGAGUCAUUUUAUGUCGGGUAGUUUAUCAUCAUCAAGGUGCACGACCUGACAUUUUUGUUAUCAAAAGUCAAGAACAGAUACUUCCUCAAUAUGUUGUAAAAUACGAAAUAACAGGAGAGCUCGGAAUGACUCUAGAGGCUGGUCAUUUUUGUAUGAGGGAGUUGAUGCCAUUUCAGAAACUAAUGUCUGGAUAUGCAAGGCUGGACGAUCUCCUCUAUCGAGAAGCAGAGUCUCAGUUUCUUCGGAUGCUACCUGUUGAAAUGAAAGCUAGAGUUAGAAAAGUUGAACAUAUUGACAAUGGAACUUUAAACGUUCAAUACAACAACAAGAAAAAGUUGUUUAAAACACUACACAAGAAUACAGAAGAGCGUUUUGUGUUUCAUGGGACAGAUGACUGUGCCAUAUCAAACAUUGUGAAGGAAGGUUUCAAAAUUGGAGGGCAAGGUAUUGAAAUACGAAAUGGUGCAGUGUAUGGCCAAGGAGUCUAUACUGUUGAGGAUCCUGCUGUGGCUAUAUCCUAUGCCCGUUCAUCAUCAAAAGUUUUACUUUGUCGGGUGCUCCAAGGAAAAAAGGGUGAAGACUACAACAUUGGUGCAAGAAAGGACAUCUUUGUCAUCAAAAGCAAGGAACAAAUACUUCCUCAAUUUGUUGUACAUUUUGAAAAGACAUAGAGGACGUUUGCAUGUAGAAGUUGGUGACCGCAUGUAUACCUAUACUGCUUUAGGGGCAGAGGUAUGGUGGAAUAAAGAGAACUAACAUUGUCAA